ACUACAUGUACAUGUACAUUCACUCCACUCACUGCCUCACUUCAUCGCCAUCAGACAGAUCAACGCCUGUUGAAGUCUUCAAGAAACAACCAACCCACCAUGUCUUCACUGCCACACCAGACCGCGGGCCUCAAGGACGAAACUCCGUCCACAUCAGAGACAGCCGUCAGUGGCAAUGCCGGGGGCAACAUAGUGUCCAACCAGUCGCAGUCCGAGUCAGAGAAGCCCCAGAUUGGCGCGUCUCAAAGCAAGCCAGGAAGUGCAGAGGAAGCAGCCGAAAAGCUGUACCUUGAGAGGAUGGAGGAUGAAUAUGCUAAGCGUGAAGGAGGUGCCUGAGCAAUUGAUCGACUGCGCCGAGAGUUGAAUGUGCAGACACAGAAAUGUGGCUCUCUGAGCAGAACCCAUGACAGAUCUUGAAAUGCUCCAGUAUCAGCCGCUCCAACCAGAAAGUCGCUCUUGUCUUUAGUGAAAGUGUGUGUGCCAUUAUCCUAUCUCCAAACAAAUAUCAUAACAAGAAGAAAUCUCAGCAGAAC